UGUCCAAGGCCGUAACUGUUGUUCGAAAUGCAACCUGCAACCCCCAAACUUCGGGUUUGGGAAAUUAAAGCCGCAAGCCCAGAUUGAUAACAUCUCGGCACAGCCAUCACUGGGAUCUUUGUCCAUGGCAGGUAAAAGUGCUCACUCUCCUUCUGCGAUUUUUGGGCUUCAUCACCCACCCCACUUCACCACCAUGGAUUCAACAAUUUCUCCAUUCCAAAUCUUUCAUGCAAUUUUAGCUUCUCUAAUUCUCUACGGUGCCUUGAGAGUCAUAGCAACAGCAAACACUAAGAAGAACACAACAAACAAAAAGACCAUGAUGCCUAAAGUCCCUCAACCCUCCGGAGCAUGGCCCUUCGUAGGUCACCUCCCUCUACUACGUGACGAAAACCCAGUUGCACUUAUCCUCGGAGCCAUGGCUGAUCAACUCGGACCCAUCUACUCCCUCAAGCUUGGCCAGCACGAACUGCUUGUUCUCAGCGCUUGGGAACAAGUCCAGGAAUUGUUCACCAAAAAUGACAGAGUUUUCGCCACCCGGGCGAAUACAGCCGGCGGCAGGUACUUGGGCUAUGACAACGCCAUCUUUGCCCUCGCUCCGUACGGAGACUACUGGCGCAACGUCCGUAAAAUGGCCACCAUGGAGCUUCUCUCGAGCCGAAGAGUUAAAACCUUGAGCCACGUCAGGGCCUCAGAAGUUGACUCCUUCAUCAAAACUUUGCACUCACAAGUUUGCAAAAAAGAUAAUGUGGAUCCAAGUUCCCCGUCAUCGACGUCAUCAGUGCAUAUGAGUGAGUUAUUAGAGCACUUGACAUUUAACAUAAACAUGAAGUUGAUCGCUGGGAAGAGAUUGACGGCUGACCAGUAUAAUGAGAAACACGGGGACGUUUGGCGUUUUGAGAAGGCGAUAAAAGAGACUUUGUAUCUCUUUGGUGUUUUUGUCUGGUCAGAUGCUAUGCCAUGUUUUGAGUGGCUGGACGGUUUGUUUGGUCACGUGAGUUCCAUGAAGAAAUGUUUUAAGGAACUGGACUACGUACUUGGGAAAUGGCUCGAAGAACAUCGACAAAGGAGAUUGGAAAGCAAGAAUAAUAGGGUUGAGAGUGACUUGAUGGAUGUUAUGAUAUCCAACUUUGAGGAGGAUGAAAUUUAUGGCCAUAGCUGUGAUAAUGUCAUCAAGGCAACAGCACUGGUGCUAAUGAUAACUGGCACAGAAAGCACAUCUGUGACACUAACAUGGGCAAUCUCCUUACUCCUCAACAACCAAAAAGUCCUCAAAUCUGCCCAGGAAGAGUUGGACAUCCACGUAGGAAGAGACCGAUGGGUUCAAGAAUCAGACCUCACAAACCUCAAAUACUUCCAAGCCAUUCUUAAGGAAACCCUACGCCUAUACCCACCUGGCCCAAUCACAGGCCUCCGUGAGGCCAUGGAGGACUGUCAUCUCGGUGGUUACUUCGUCCCCAAAGGCACUCGUUUACUAGUAAACAUUUGGAAGUUGCAGCGGGACCCACGCAUGUGGACCAACCCUUGUGAGUUUCAACCUGAGAGGUUCAUGACCACUCAUGCUGACGUGGAUUUCAAAGGUCAAAGUAAUUUCGAGUAUAUUCCAUUUAGCGCAGGUAGAAGGUCUUGCCCUGGUAUGACACUAGGGUUGCAUGUGGUGCAAUUGGUUCUGGCUCGUUUGAUUCAGGGAUUUGAUAUGAGUAGAGUUGGUGAUGGGGCGGUGGAUAUGAAGGAAGGAUUGGGGCUUGCGCUGCCUAAAGCAAAUCCACUGGAGGUUUUGCUUGCUCCACGCCUUCCUCUUCAGCUUUACCAAUGCCUUUGAACUUUGAAGUACUUUGGUAUGAUAUCAUGAUGUGCAUGGGCAUUUAUUAAUUAUUAAGCUGUAGAAAUAAUGUGAUUUGAUGAUUUGCAGCAGCAAGAUUGAAGUAAUAUAUUGUGAAGGUUUGAUGGAUGUAUGAAUCCUUAUGUAUUUCCAGUUUUUUUUUUUUUCAACUCUUGUUGAUAGGUAAUUUAAAUAUUAUUCAAAGUAAAAUGUUUUGUAUUGCCCCUAUGAUCUACUUAAUACUGUAAUAAUGUGAAGAAAUAUCUCACAUAUAAAAGAAAUUAUCAAUCUUUUGCA